UCGAUUUGCGCCAAACUAGCGCCACUAAAGCCGAAGCUUAGUUCCGAGGAAGAUAAACAAGCUCUUCUGUGAUGAUCUAAGCUGAGGUUGUUCAAAACAACAGCAACCCGAUCCAAGGGGGCGACGCUGCUGGUGGGGUGCUGGGAAAGUGCAAAGGGGGUGACGUGACGUCGUGUUUUCGAUCUGCUGAUGUUGUGAACUCGGUGGUGGUCUCGCUCGCACGUUGGACGGGUUGCUCGUUGGUUGGAGGGGGUCCACCAGAGUGGUUGUUGUUUAUUUACACAUUCCUAGUCGAAUGGUUCAAAUAUCGUACGACGGCGAGCCUCCCCUUAGCUCAAAAAUUGAAUCUCUAAUCCAAGCGAGCUCAUUCACAAACCAGGAACGUCAACGAACGGAAGCAAAGCUUCGAAUUUUGCAAAAAAAAAGGAAGUGAAAUAAAUUCAGGACAUUGAAGAACUUUUUGAAGAUAACACAAACAAGUGAACGUGCAAUGCUAUAGAACAAAGUGACUUUAAAUUGCUCAAUUGAACUCAAUUGAAGGUGAACAAAUAAGGUUGCAACGCGAUUUUUGCAAGGGCAAAUCGUCAAGAUUUCUUGCUGUGAAGGAAUAGAAGAAAAAUUCAAGUGAGGAACCAGUUCAAAAGAAGGACUUUUUCGAACAGUGGGUGUUUCUUUGGGUGUGCGGUUCUAAGCCGUGCUGAACUAUGCACAUUAAGCAGUACAAACCGAAGUGUGGAAAGAUCUGCGCUGGAACUGGACUAUUUUCAAUUGUUGGUGUUGUGAGCUAUGAAGCGUACCGCACCUACUCAGCACUAACGAACCUGGUGGACACCCGGGUUCUGGACGUGGACCGGAAGCGUCCCGACUACAUCUACAUUAAGCACCAUAUCUACCGCCAAUCGCUGCUGGAACAGCUUGAGCAGGAACGCCGCGACAGCAAGCUGGUCAACAUCGUCGUCCAGCCCUUUGGAAAGUGGUGGAAAGCGCUCAAGCACUCGGUCGCGUGGCGCCUACUACGAAUCGCCCAGGAGGGCGAACUUGCCGAUCGUCUUAAAGCUAUUAAACAGUUGGCGCUGAUCGACCACUUGAAAGAUUGGGACUUUCAGCAUCUGGCUCAGCUGUGCGAUGCUCGCACUGCGGUAGCCUUGGCCCGCUCCAACUGCGAUUCCCGGUGGUUCCUGCCACCGCGCCAGUAUGGAGUUGAGAAGGAAACGCGUGAAGUGCUGGUCGGCGUAAAGCAAUUGAUCGAGCACCUUGUGCCGGACCACUGCGCCGAGUACGUCCUUGGGCAUACCUUCGGCUCGCAUCAGAUCAAGGAACCGUCCGGGGACGAUGGCGUCCACUACCCGGUCAACUCGGCGACCUUCGAGCACGACCAGAUGAAGCAAGCGCUGAGCGCGCUUGUGCACCUGACCACGGUCGAGGAAAAUUGUCGCAAGAUCAUCGAAGCCGGUGGCCUGCUGACGCUGAUCGAGGUCGAAAAACUAUACAAAGAUGACAUCGACAUGAAGCUCACCCUGUCUCGGAUCGUCGCGAAUCUGUCGGUCGGUGACGAGCGAUCGUACGAUUUCUUCGCCAGCGGCUGGCUCAGUAUUUUGUCCCGCUGGCAGAAGGACAUUGACAUGAGGAUGCAGGUCACGACCGAUCUGACGCUGUCGAAUCUCGAUCGCGACGAUCCCAACUGCUUCACGUACGAGUCCAACGUGUACCCGCUGUACCCGAAGAGUCGCCGCGAGAAGAAGCCCGACGUGGACAUUGUCUUCGUGCACGGAUUGUUGGGAGGAGUUUUUGUGACGUGGCGCCAGAAGGAUCUCAAACCGCAAGCGGCCAGUCUUCUAGGUAAGAAACACAAAUCCGUUUCGCUCGUUUCAUCCACAACGUGUGCCAAAGCGCCAACUGGUGGUGGUGGUGAUGGUUCUAACAUACGCACUGCGACGCCGACAAAACCGACCUCUCCGUUCACUAAUUGGUCUGCGAAAAAGUCCUCCUACGACGACGACGAACGUGACGCGGAAGAGGGCAUCGCAUCCGCUAAGGAAGAGGUCCUGACGCUGCAACCCACGCCCCCCAAGCCACACCCCUCAAUCAGUGACACGGCCACGCAGGAGCUCAUCCAGGCGCUGCAGGAAGAUGAACCGCUCAGCUCGGAUUGGUCCGUCGUAUUCCCGGACAUCCCGUUGGUCGCGGACGAAAAGUACACCAGCCCCGCUGUCCACGCGAAGCAGAACCGCGAGGGCCGCUACAGCGUGUCCGGCGAAAAGUGGCUCCAGGAACCACUCGGCGAUGAGUCCGUUGGGCGAUCUUUCUGUUGGCCGAUGGAGUGGCUCCCAAAAGACUUCCCAAACGUCCGCGUCAUCGGGCUCAACUACAACUCGUCCCUCUCGGAAUGGUCCGCCAGCGGGUGUCCGUGCGAAAAGUACGACGGCAAGCUGGAGAAACGCGCCGGAGAAUUCCUCAAGAAGCUCGCCCGGUCAAACGUUGGCCAGGAUCGGCCCGUAGUCUGGGUCGGCCAUUCGAUGGGCGGACUCCUCAUCAAAAGUAUUAUGGUUCAAGCCGCUCAAAGCGAAGACCCGGCAAUCCGGCGAAUCGCCGAAAAUUCACACGCCGUCAUGUUCCUCGGAACGCCGCACCGGGGCAGUGCCAUUGCCAAGCUAAAGCAACACACGUCCGCCCUGGUUUGGCCAUCGGUAGAAGUCCGCGAACUCGAGGAAAACUCAACCCAACUCCUGCAUCUCAACAAAACGUUCCUCAAAGCCAUCGCCGGUCUCAGCAAAAAACCCGAAAUCGUCAGCAUCUGCGAAGGCAUCCCGACCGAGCUGACCUCUUUCAAGGUCCCACUCCACAUCGUCCCCGAGUCCUCAGCCCGAAUCGACGAGGGCGAUUUUUACAUUACCAAAGAGGACCAUCUCAGUUUGAGCAAACCCAUGUGCCGGCAGUCCUUCCUCUACCAGCGGCUCAUCAGUGUCAUCUGGUGCGCAAUGCAGUCGGCCCGGGACGAGACGGAACAGCACCACGACCAGGAAAAGACCUCCAUCGGUACGACGAUAAGCCACGGCAAGACCAGCUCAGUGUUCACCGACGUGUACCGGCAGUUGAGGCAGUUUGAGAAAUUGUUUAACAUCUUCUUGUAAAUUGAUGGUUUUAGGAAAAUUCCGCGUGUUUUGAAAUCCUCUCUAUUUUUGGAGAGGAACAGCAAAAUUUUAUUAAAUUGUUGAGCCAUGACAAAUGUGUAUUAUCUCUGCGUUUUGAAAGAGUAAAGCUAAGCUUUUUUAUUUAUUGAAACUUUUUACCAGGUUGCAAAUAUAUAUAAUUAAGAAUGUGAUGUCUAAUA